GAAAGAGGAGGUGACUCUCCAACAGCAUUUAGACACAGCGAAAGGAUCAUGGCGGAUGGCCCCAGGUGUAAGCGCAGAAAGCAGGCGAAUCCGAGGAGGAAUAACGUAACCAGCUACAGUAAUGUGGUGAAGACGCCUGGCUCAGACUCAGAUGAUGAGGACAAGCUUCACAUCGUGGAGGAGGACGGGAGUCUGGCAGACGGGGCAGACUGUGACAGUAAUGUGCCCAGUGAAGAUCACAACGGAGACCGCUCAGAUGAAGCGAGGGAGGAGUGUGGUUCAGACGGGGAGGACGAUGGCAGGACGGACGCUCUGGUGGAGGAGAUGCUGCAGCAGGGAGACACAGCCGUCAUUUACCCAGAAGCCCCGGAGGACGAGCCACGCCAAGGGACCCCCGAGGCCAGCGGACAUGACGAGAACGGCACUCCGGAUGCGUUCUCCCAGCUCCUCACCUGUCCCUACUGCUCCCGCGGCUACAAGCGUUACACGUCCCUGAAGGAGCACAUCAAGCUGCGCCACGAGAAGAGCGAGGACAACUUCAGCUGCUCCCAGUGCAGCUACACUUUUGCCUACCGCACACAGCUGGAGAGACACAUGACGGCCCACAAAGCUGGUAGAGACCAGAGGCACGUGACGCAGUCGGGGGGCAACCGCAAAUUCAACUGCACCGAAUGUGAAAAAGCAUUUAAGUACAAGCACCACCUGAAGGAGCACCUACGCAUCCACAGCGGAGAGAAGCCAUACGAGUGCUCCAACUGCAAGAAGCGUUUCUCCCACUCGGGUUCCUACAGUUCCCACAUCAGCAGUAAGAAGUGCAUCAGCGUGAUCUCGGCAGUCAACGGCCGCCCCCGGCCCAGCGCCAAGGCGUCCCAGUGCCCGUCCCCAGCCAUGCCCGCCUCGCCCUCCUCCACCACCGCACGCACACAGAUCUGGGAUAAACCUUUACAGGAGCAACUACCCCUCAAUCAGAUCAAGAGCGAGCCAGUGGACUAUGAGUACAAGGCCAUGGUGUUGUCUCCAGCAACGACAGGAGGAAACGGUCAUGGAGGAGGGGUGUUAAACGGGGGUGCCGCGGGCCCCCUGCAGGGUGCGGUUCAGGCUGUGAUGCUGCCCACCAUGGGUCUGGUAUCUCCCAUCAGCAUCAACCUGGCAGACCUGCAGAACAUCUUGAAGGUGGCGGUGGACGGUAACAUGAUCAGACAGAUGUUGGAGAACAAUGCCAAGGCAGCGGGGACAGGCACAGGGGCGACGGGUGUUCCUCACCAGCAGCUCAUCUCAGCCAUCAGUCUCCCCAUCAUCGGUCAGGACGGCAACGCUACCAAGAUCAUCAUCAACUACAGCCUCGAUCCCAGCCAGACCCAGCUCACUGCCCAGAACCUGAAGAAGGAACCUCAGACUCUGGUUACAAUGCCAGGCCAGCCCCAGGCUCAGCUCCUGGCCGAGGUUGCCAUAGAGCCCUGCAGCAAGGCCCAGCAGAAACUCCCAGAGGACCUGACACUCAGCAGGCCCCCCAGGAGCAAAGAGGAGAAGAUGGAAGAGGAAAACGAGAAGGAGGAGGGGGAGGAGACCACUAAGACCUGUCUGCUCUGUGGCGACUGCCCCGGUGGUCUGGACGUGCUCCACGCACUCGAGCACUGUAAGAAGGCCUCAGGCCUCAGGAUCAAUGGGGACAAAUCAGAGUCGGCCAUCGCCUCGUUACUGUCCGAGGGGGUCGGGAACCAGCCCAAGAACCUCCUGUCCCUCCUCAAGGCCUACUUCGCCCUAAACGCUGAGCCAACCAAGGAGGAGCUCAGCGAGAUCUCAGAUUCAGUCAGCCUGCCCACCGACGUGGUCAAGAAGUGGUUCGACAAGAUGCAGAGCAGUCAGGUCUCACUAGGAGCUCCGACACCUCCGUCUGAGGAAGAGGGACCCUUGUCUGAGAGUCCUGGGGCCACAGUUGUGUCCCCUAAGGUAAGACCAGAGCAGGACACAGAGGGUCCCACCAUGAUGCAGUCCGGCCCAGCCGAGGCCACUCCGGCUGAGGUUAACGGCUCCAUGCGCUCCCCAGCCUCCCCCACACCACUAAACCUGACCGCCGGGGGGCCCGUCCCAGCCAAACCCUCCUCCUCGGACAGCACUGAUGGCCCUCUGGACCUGUCGCUACCAAAGCCCACCCGAGAGGAGGCCGCAGCCGCCGCCACUUACCACGCCUCUGUUUACUCCCAUCAGGACGAACCCCUGAACUUGACGAAGACUUGCACAACAAAGAAAGAACUUCCGCUCGCCGGCGCCACUGGCCACCACGUGACUAGACAACCUGUGUCCCUGUACACCGCCAGCCCACAAAGUGCCAACCCCAUCAGUAUCAUGACCACUCAGCUGCCCAGCGGGACCAUUUAUGCCAUCACUGACCAGGGCCGUGCAGGCAUGCCCUGCCUCCGGGCAGUUACCACUAGUAACAACCAGACUAUCCUCAUCCCACAGCUGGCCUAUACCUAUACCACUACAGCUACAGCCAACAGCCCUGCAGGGACAGAGACACAGGAGAAGACCACACUGCAAGUCAACGGCAUCAAGGAGGAGCGUCAGGACACCAGCUCAGAGGGCGUGUCCACCAUGGAAGAGCUGAACGACUCAGACUCCGCCCCUUCCAGGAAGAAAAUGAGGAAAACGGAGAGUGGGAUGUACGCCUGCGACCUGUGUGACAAGAUCUUCCAGAAGAGCAGCUCUCUGCUCCGACAUAAAUACGAACACACAGGCAAGCGACCCCACGAGUGCGGUAUCUGCAGGAAGGCCUUCAAACACAAGCACCACUUGAUAGAACACAUGCGUCUCCACUCCGGGGAGAAACCCUACCAGUGCGACAAGUGUGGCAAGCGCUUCUCUCACUCGGGCUCUUACUCCCAGCACAUGAACCACCGUUACUCCUAUUGCAAGAAGGAGGCGCUGGAAGGAAGUCAAGGAGGUAUAGGGGAGGAGGUGCUGGAGGAGGAGAUGGAGAGCCCUGUGGGGUUGGCCCUGGGCCUCGGAGGGGAGCAGCAGGAGCAGUCAGACAGCAGGCCCACCUCCUCCCACCUGGACUCUGACGAGCGAGGGAGCAGCACCAGGGAGGACGAGGAGGAGAGCGAGGAGGAGGGGGAGGAGGAGGACAUGGAGACAGCGGCAGGGGAGGAGGUGGAGGGGGAUCCGGACAGAGUUCUGGAUAUGGAUGACAUACAGGUGGUGCGGAUAGGAGACGAGGGAGGGGACGAGGAGGAAGAGGCGGAGAAGGAAGAAGACACUGGUCGAGAGGAGGGAGAGAGUGAGGAAGAGCAGGGAGUGGAGAGAGUAGUGGUCGGGGGUGAAGGGGAGGAAGGAGAAGAAGAAGAGGAGGGGGUAGUGGGGGUUGAAGUAAAGGAGGAGCAGGAGGAAGAGGAGGUUACAGGGAAAAAAGCAGACACAAGGCAAGAGGAGGUACAGGAGAACAGGGAGAAAGAGGAGGAACAUGGAGGUGAGAAGCAACAGGCUGAGGAGCAGGUGGAGGAGGAGCUGUCUGAGAAGGAAGAGACAAUGGACACAGAGAAAGGAUUGACCUCGGAGGACAAGGAAGAGUCAGGGUCGAGGGCGGCGGAGGAAAGUGAGGUCAUGAAAGAGAAUGAAGGUGAAACAAACAGGAACACUGUUUCAGAAGACAAGAACCAGACACCGACAGGAGAGAAAGGAGAUCCGAAUUAA